AUGCUGGUGGCCUCCUUGGCCACCCGGACACACGGCUGGCCCACGUUCAGCCGGCUGUGGGCCCACACCUCCCCUCCUUCCCCACAUUCACCCGGCUGUGGGCCCACACCUCCCCUCCUUCAGUCCACCCUGGGCCGCGCCCUGCGCCGCCGCCUCCCGCAAGGCCCCGGCUGGGCCUGCGCCCUCCUCAGCUACGACGAGCUCAUCCCGCCGGAGGCCUUCGGGCCCAGCGAGCCGGGGGCGGGACCGGAUGGGCCGUCGCCAUUGCUGCCGCGCUGGAAGCGGAGUCGGCGGGAGCUGCUGCAGUGCCUGGAGCGGUUCCUGCGGGCUCUGGUCACCGGGGAGCCGCCGUCCGCCCCUCCCGCCGCCGAGCAGCCGGGCUGGGAGCGGUUCCUGGCCUGGUGCCGCCGGCAGGGGCUGAUCGCCGCGGGAGACCGUCAGGGUCGCGCCGGGACCCCCGCACCCACGGCCGGGCCGCUCUACCUCGUCUUGGAUGACAAUUUUUAUUACCAGAGCAUGAGAUACGAGGUGUACCAGCUGGCGCGCAAAUAUUCCUUGAGCUUCUGCCAGUUAUUUUUAGACUGUCCCCUUGAAUGCUGCUUGCAGAGAAAUCGUCUAAGAAGUCACCCCGUACCCGACCAGACAAUAUGUUUAAUGGCAAGAAAAAUAGAAAUGCCAGAUCUCAAGAAAAACGCUUGGGAACGGAACAGCCUGAUUCUGAAGAGUUUUGAUUGCACUUUAGAGGAUGAUGAGCAGAUAAUCAGUUUGCUAGCCACGGCUUUGGAAAAUCCAGUGAAGCAAAACGAGGAGAACCCUGAGCAAAAGGAGGUGGAUCGAGCCAUCUGUGCAGCAAGUACCAUCCAUCAGGCUGAUGGGAUGUGCAGACGUGUCAUCUCUCAGGCCAUGAAGGAUGCCAAAGGUAAAAACGUCCUCCCGAGUGAGAUGAAGAGCUUGGCAGAAGAACUCAACAAACUCAAAGCAGAAUUUUUAGAAGAUUUGCGGCGAGGAAAUAAUUGGAAAAACCAAAUUUGCAGAGAAAAUCAAUAUUCUGACCUUGCUGCAAGUGUAACUUCUUCAUUCCAGCAGGAGGCAACCGAUGUGGUUAAUAAAUAUAUUUUAAAAUAACGACAGAGAGAAUGUUGGUGGUUUUUAAGAGUCCAGAGUGUUUACAACGCAGUGCUCCUCAGAGGAACACCUGAGAGACACAGAUUCCUUCUCUGGAGGCUUGUGUCACCUCUAACUCCUCUGCCGUGUUGUGGAGGAGAAAUAGAGCCUGGCACACUGUGUUUGACUUUGAAGAUCAAGCCAACAACAAACAGUCUGUAGAUUUUAAAUUUCACAGAAUCCUAGGAAAAGCCAGCCUGGGAAGAACAUCUGGGAGUCAGCCCGUCCUGUUUCCUCCUUCCAGUGGGACCAACCAGUUUGAAGAUGGUUUGAGGAGCACCUUGGGUGGUGACCUCUCUGCUCUGUCCAAGGGGCAGCCGGGCAUUUCCAGAAGGAAACCUGCCUGGGAAGGCACCAAACCACCAAGUGAGAUGGAGUCUUGCCUUUCAAGCACGAAGCCAGUUGACAAUGAACCACAGCAGCCAAAGCCAGGACGUCAGGACCUGCCUUUAAUCCAUGUCCUGCUUCAGUUUCUCAAGUCCCUUUUUUAGAUCAGGCUCUUGGCUCCUCUGCUGGUUUCCACGACAGAAUUUUUGCAAGAACAAGAAAUGUGAGAUGCAGUUAAAUUAACAUCCACGUGCAUGUAGGGAUCAACUCCAGCGUCCGAAGGAACUUGGUGCUGCCUUCAAAGUUGCCAACAACAUACACAGAAGUUCAUAUGGGGCAACAAACACCUUACAGGAUAAAAACUCUGAUUUCAGACAUAGAUAAAGAAACAGGAAUAGAAGGAACAAAACAAUCUGGAAAAUGACCAAAUACACAAGAUUAACAGUGGCAAGGAAUAACAGCGUGUCAUGAUUCAGCUCUAAAAUUAAGCAUUUUCAACUUAAGCAGACUGAAACAUAAAUACCCUCUCCCGUGCUUACCUUCCACACCUUACCUAGGCCACAGCAUCGCCUGUGGAAGCACAAGCAAUUAAGAAUUAACAUAAGGCUUAAUUAGAAAGUGUUAUUUUAUUCGUAUCUUACAAAAGCAAAGCUCCACAACAUGACCUACACUAGAUAUAGUUAUUUCAGAAUUAACCUUGUCAUCUGAAAACAUUCACUACACAAUAAAAUUUAUUUUACAAGUCUAA